GACUACAUUUGCUAGUGCAGUACGCAGCAGCAGCAACAGUGUGGUGCUCUGGGUCUCCAGCUCUGCCUGGCAGACAAACCUCAGGCUCGCUGAACAUCUGCAAGACAAAUUUUUCAUGUUCUUUUGUAAAUGAAUGCUGCCUAACUGCACCAGGAAAAUGGGCACAGGGGAUUACAUCUGCAUUGCUAUGACUGGAGGGGCGCCUUGGGGCUUUAGAUUGCAAGGUGGCAAGGAGCAAAAGCAGCCUUUGCAAAUCGCCAAGGUCCGCAGCAAAAGCAAAGCAGCUAAAGCUGGCCUUUGUGAGGGGGAUGAGGUGGUGUCUAUCAAUGGCAAACCCUGUGGAGACUUAACCUAUGCUGAAGUUAUCGUUCUGAUGGAAAGCUUGACUGACGUCCUGCAGAUGCUUAUCAAGAGAUCCUCCAGUGGAAUAAAUGAAGCUUUGAGUGCUGAAAGAGAAAAUGGAAAGCAUGAUAACAUAAAAAAUGAGGACUAUAAGGAGAGCGCUACACUGCAGAUUAAUACAGCCAAAGAAAUACCCCAUGGAGACUUAUGCAUCACAGAGAUAUACAGUGAGACUCACCAGGCAGCAGGAGAAAGCAACAUACACUUUUCUGAAAUGAAACAACAGACCACACAAAGCCACAGAAUUGCUCCUAAAGUGAUAGGCACCUCCAAAGUGCUUGUGACAGAUGAGUCUGCUCUCAGAGAGAAGAGAGAAGAAAGAAGGCCAGGCACUAUGGUUGAGUUGCAGUUGUCCCUCUCAAAUGACGGUCACAAGAGCACCAAUGCUCCUGCUGUGACUGUCCUAGGGGCAGAAAAACGUGCCCCUUCAGGGAAAGGACCCACUGUACAAGAAGAUGGAACUAACCCCGUAAUCGCAAUUCCCCUGGGUGUGAAAGAGGGCAACAUCCAGUGGUCAAGCAAAGUAGUCCAAUUUUCUAGUGGCAAAGAGGUCAAGAGGAUCCAAGGUGCAGCUCCAUCUAUCCCCAGGGUGGAGGUGAUCCUAGACUGUUCAGACAGGGAGAAGGAAGCACCCAGGUCUCUAGCUGAAAGGGGGUGUGUUGAUUCUCAAGUGGAAGGAGGGCAGUCAGAAGCACCUCCUUCCCUCCUCUCCUUUGCAAUCUCACCAGAAGGCACAGAGCAGGGAGAAGACAACCAGCACUCGGAAAGGGAUCACAGACCUCUCAAGCACAGGGCGAGGCACGCAAGACUCCGGCGAAGUGAGAGCCUGUCAGAGAAGCAGGUCAAAGAAGCCAAAUCUAAAUGUAAAAGUAUUGCAUUGCUGCUGACAGCAGCUCCCAAUCCCAAUUCCAAGGGGGUGUUGAUGUUCAAGAAGCGUCGCCAAAGGGCAAGGAAAUAUACUUUAGUGAGCUACGGUACUGGGGAGCUAGAACGUGACGAAGACGAGGGUGAAGAAGGUGAAGGUGAAGAGGGGGACAAAGAAAACACUUUUGAAGUGAGUUUGCUUGCAACAAGUGAGUCAGAAAUAGAUGAAGAUUUCUUCUCUGACAUUGACAACGACGGCAAGAUUGUGACAUUUGACUGGGACAGCAGUCUACCUGAGGUGGAAAAGAAGACAAAAAGUGGAGACGAGAUGCAGACGCUUCCAGAGAGCACAGGUAAAGGGGCCCUCAUGUUUGCCAAGAGACGGCAGAGAAUGGAUCAGAUCACAGCUGAGCAAGAGGAGAUGAAGGCACGCACAGUGCAUGCAGAGGAGCAAAGGGAAGUCACCAUGUCAGAGAACUUCCAGAAAGUAAGCUCUUCAGCCUACCAAACAAAAGAGGAAGACAUGUCAAGACAGCAGACCUGCAUAAGCAAAAGUUACACAGACGUGAGCCAGAAUCAUGGUAAAAUUGUACAACAAAAUGGGUUUGGCUUAGCACCAGACACAAACCUCUCUUUUCAAUCCUCUGAUGCUCAAAAAGCAGCAUCUUUGAAUAGAACAGCAAAACCCUUCCCUUCUGGGGUUCAAAACCGAGCAGCAGCACCAUUUUCACCCACAAGAAAUGUCAUUAGUCCUCUUUCAGAUAUACCAGCACCCCCACCCUACUGCUCUGUUAGCCCACCGCCUGAGAAUUUUUACAGACCUGUAUCAGCUCCUGCAACAAGCAAAGCUGCGCCAACCGUGUGGUCACUCACAGAGCCAACUGAACGCAUUGCAUCCAGAGAUGAAAGGAUUGCUGUGCCAGCCAAAAGAACUGGGAUAUUGCAAGAGGCAAAGAGAAGAAGCACAUCAAAACCUAUGUUCUCUUUCAAAGAAGCACCCAAAGUAAAUCCUAAUCCUGCCCUGUUGUCCCUUGUACACAACACAGAAGGCAAAAAGGGUACUGGAGCUGGUUUUGAGUCAGGACCUGAAGAAGACUACCUCAGUUUGGGAGCAGAAGCUUGCAAUUUCAUGCAGAGUCAAGCAUCUAAACAAAAGACCCCUCCUCCUAUUGCUCCAAAGCCUUCAGUCAAGGUUUCUCCUUCUGCUGGUACCCCAGUUUCACCCGUUUGGUCACCUGCAGCUGCGGCUGCUAACAAGGCUCCUUCUUUCCCAGCUCCAGCAUCACCUCAGGCAGCGUACCCUGCACCACUCAAAUCCCCACAGUAUCCUCAUUCUCCUUCUGCCAAUCCCCCAAAUACUCUCAACUUAGCUGGUCCUUUCAAAGGGCCUCAGGCAACGCUAGCGAGUCCAAACCACACACCCAAGACACCAGUCACACCAAGUGCUGGAGAAACAAAGACACCCUUUGAGAUGCCACCAGCUAUGAGUGGAAAAGGAGCACAAUUAUUUGCCAGAAGGCACUCUCGAAUGGAGAAAUAUGUGGUCGAUUCAGAGACUGUGCAAGCAAACAUGGCACGAGCCUCAUCUCCAACUCCAUCUUUACCAGCUUCUUGGAAAUAUUCAUCUAAUGUCCGAGCACCUCCACCUGUAGCUUACAAUCCCAUCCACAGCCCAUCUUAUCCUCUUGCUGCUACCAAACCUUCCUCUAAGUCUGCUGCUGCUACCAAAAAUACCAAAAGAAAACCCAAGAAAGGUCUCAAUGCUUUGGAUAUUAUGAAACAUCAGCCUUAUCAACUUGAUGCGUCUUUAUUUACUUUUCAACCUCCAAGUACUAAGGAAAGCCUAGCUAUUAAGCAGACGUCAAAGCUGCCUACUUCAAAGCAAGCUCUGUCUUUACGACCACCUGGUGCUGGCUCUCCUACUAAUGCUCGGGCAUCUUCAGUGUACUCCGUGCCAGCCUACAGCACGCAGCCUUCAUACCAGUCAAACGCCUCUACCCCAGUAAAUGAGUCCUAUUCAUCUACAGGCUACUCUGCAUUUUCUAAGCCGGAAACAACCACUUCCUCUUUGUUUACUGCUCCGAGGCCAAAAUUUUCAGCAAAGAAAGUUGGCGUCACUGCACAGUAAAACGUCCAGGAGAUUCCACUGAUCGCGUUGUGAAUUCGGCAUGGCAAGUGCAAGCCUUAAUUUCACAGCUUGGCAUAAUGUUAUUUUUUAAUGAAUCUAUUCAGCUUGAAAGAGAAAUGUUAUGCAAAGAAGAAACUUGAUGACAAGAUAUUUAAAAAACUGUGGAUUCAGAAGCUCUGAACUUACUGCUGGUAGAUUUCUUGGGAAAAUACGUGACCUGGUAUUUACAUGACACACUUGGUGCUACCUUUACAACUUCAUAGUACCCAUGACAAUGACUGCUCUUAUUUUAUCCUAAACUUUACUUUUGCAUGUAAUUAUAAAAGGGAAGGGUAAUGUUUUGGCAAGUGCUUUUCAGGUUGGAUGCUUACUACAGGAAGCACUUUAGGUUUCUUAUCAAAUGAUUAAAACAGUAAUCCUGAAGCUUAGUGGUAUGUGUUGGAAGGAUCUUUACGGAGACAGAUUCUCCUCUUCCUUUAUAAACGGAGACUAACCACAUAAUGAUAUUUCCAUGGUUUAAACAGAGGCUUCCUUAAGUAAGGCCAGCAAAAAGUUUUUUAUUUAUUUUUUUUAUACCAUGCUAAUCAAGUCUCACAUUACUCUGCGGUUUUCAGAGGAAAAAAAUAUAUUCUUGUUUGUAAUGAUCUUGACAAAAUGUUUUUAAUUUCAAUGCAUGUGAAAUUUUCACAAAGUUACAUGGAAGUAUAUUGUAACAGUAACUGUUCACUCUCUUAGGCUGAGGAAAUGCCGCUAUGAGAAAAAUAACUUACCAAACCAUGCUUACAGAUGGACUAAGUAGAUGAAGUCUUGUGUGCAGGGCAAUCAAUAUAUCAGUAGUGUUUUUAAACAAGAAUCCUUGAUUAUAUUGUAUGGUUUGAGACAGACAUCUUAAAAACAUAACUCUGACAAUGGAAAGAUAUGUUGCUACAAAAGUAAACAGGCCAUUUCUAAUUAGGCAUAAAGACUAAAUUGUUGAACAGAUGGAGCGCUACUCUUGACGUUUCCACAUAAACCCAAAACAAGAGAUUGACUAUUUUAAGAAAUUCAGAACAUACAGAAGAAAAGAAGGAACAUUAUGGAAAUAAAAUACCCGCCAAACCACCGUAACACAUGUUGGGUUACAAAGGCUGCCAGGGAGCACCACUCUCACUCAUUUCACUAUGAGCUUUACUUGUUUUCAAAGCCAAGAAUUCAGUAUACUUAUAUCAGAAUCAAUGGUUUCUGUACAGGAACAGCCUAUAGACAAAUAUUUUCAAAAUUUAAAGAAAGUUCUAGAGAAAAUACACUUUUUUUUUUUUUUCCUAAUUGAGAAAAACAUCAAUAACUGCCACUGAUUUUUUCUUUGAUCUGUGAGAAUGCUACUUCUCACAGUCUCACUGUGCAGGUUGUUGUUGGUAUAUGGCUUUACUACUGGGAGCAAAACUAAAGGAUGGGCAUCUGGGUACACUUAGAUUUCUUCCUGGAAUUUUGGUAAUUUUCCCCCAUCAGGUCUAUAGCUUAAAAAUGGAGCUUAAGCAGCCCUAAAUAGUUGAAGAUGUGGUGACAAGAAAACCUCAGUAUCUGUCUGCAGUUUUGUUUUCUUUGGUUAAAUAACCACAUUUAGGUAUAUGUGGGUAUUUCUGCCAGUCCUAGCCUUACUACCUAAGAAUCUUUUGUGAACUGAAAAGUGGGCUGUGAAUUUCUUCAGAAAACAUUGGCACAUAAUUUCUUUCUUCUUCUUUGGCGGAUAUCAGAAAGUGCAGAAGUAUGACAAAUGAGAUUUUUUAUUUUUUUUUCAUGAUGGCUUUCCAUUAAAAUUUCAAAUGAUUCCACAAAAUGAGAAGGAGCAACAUGACUUGUUAUGUUGAUAUACAUCUGCAGUUGUGCUGUACUCUGCUGCACAGCUGUAAGCAUUUCAGAUAUAUUUCCUCAUCCUAAGAUUACUUUCAGAGAGAUGGUUUGUAGGGAAACUAGACCAACCUGGUCCUGCUAAAGGAAAGCUACCAAAGCCAGGGCCUGACCCUUCUGUAUAUACAAUUAUUAAAAAACACAAUCUUAAACACUACUGUUUAGAUUGCAAAAUGAGGCACUUGAAACGAAUGUGUCACCUAAUUUCAGCCCUCUCAAGCAUUUGUGUGACAAAACCACCUGUAAUCACAUCAUCACUUGCUUAUUUAUUUUUUUCCCCAUAGAACUCCUAACUCAAUUCGGGGCACAGAAUGGUACUGCUCAACUGAUGAAUAGCUCUUCACUGAUUUGUAAUGACACUGUUCUGUGCUUAGCACUGUUUCUUAUCUAAUGUACGCUCUUGAAAGUAUGCUCUUCAUACAGAAUUAUUUAUUUCCUCAUAGAUUUUUUUGUUAGUAUCCGACUGAUUCAGAAGCUGUAAUAUAUUUUUACACCACUGCAUUUUACAAAUGAGUAAAUGAAGAUGGAAGCAUUGAUAUUAGGAAACUCAGUAGCCUUGGGUGCCCAGUUCAAGACAUUCAGCAUCUUCAGAUCAUAUAAGAACUAGUCAAUAUAUCGAAAGCAUGGUUCUCCUUAACAUCAGUCCAUGAGUAUUCACAGGUUACAGGUCUCCAGGUGGAAGCCCAGAGAAGGGAAUACUGAGUGACCAGCACUGAAAUCCACCCAGUGAAAGCAUCUUUCACAGAAUAUACUCCUUUACCAUAUAAUCAUAGUAUUUGCUAAAGGAAACCCUGAAAUUGCACUGGAUGGGGCAGAAGCCCUGAAAUGUAAUAAAAAUGCAUAUGCACUGGCCAAUGAUGCUUUUGAA